UCCUUCUGAAUUUUUCUUGUCCAGGCUACGACGAGCCCCACGCGACGCCACCGAGAGAGGAAAAGGGAGCAAAAGGUAGGGGAGGAGGAGGAAAAUAUCCUGCGCCAGUAGAGCGGACGCCGACGCCACCGCCCCCUGAAUAGAUUAGGCGCCGGAUAAUGGAGCGGGACGGACCGCGACGGGCGGAGGAGGUCGCCGCCGGCGGCGCGGGCGGGCGGUGGUAGCGCAACUGGUACGCUCGGCGAGCUUGAGCCUCUGGGGUGGGCCGGUACUACUGGCGACGGCACGGAUGGAGGAGGAGGCGUCCCCGGCAGAUCCAACAACCGCGUCGUCCUCCUGCGUCGUCUAAAGGCGCCGGCUGCUGCUUUUGUUCGUGCUGAUUCCGACGCGUUGGCUGGUGACAAGUGGCUGGGGGGUGCGUCCGUGUGGUUGGGUAUGGUGGGCGCCGGCGAGGGGGAUCGCGUUGGCGGUGGCGGCGGUGGCGCGGCGGUUGGGGGAGGGCAGCAGUUCGUGGACCGGAGCAAGGUGAGGAUUCUGCUCUGCGACAGCGACCCAAGCAGCUCCCGGGAGGUGCUCCGCCUCCUCUGCAACUGCUCCUACCAAGUGACUUGCGCCAAAUCUCCGAGGCAGGUGAUCAACGCCCUCAACUGCGAGGCUGGGGAGAUCGACAUCAUCUUGGCCGAGGUUGAUCUGCCCGUUUCCAAGUGCUUCAAGAUGCUCAAAUACAUCGCCAGGAACAAGGAACUGCGCCACAUCCCCAUCAUCAUGAUGUCCAACAGAGACGAGGUUUCUGUUGUUGUCAAGUGCUUGCGUCUUGGGGCAGCAGAGUACCUGGUCAAGCCGCUGCGCAUGAACGAGCUGCUAAACCUCUGGACCCAUGUGUGGCGGCGAAGACGGAUGCUUGGUUUGUCGGAGAAAAACUUCUUCAAUGACAAUUUCGAGUUGGCGUUAUCAGAACCUAGUGAUGCCAAUACCAAUAGCACCACUCUUCUCUCAGAUGACACAGAUGAUAAGCCAAAAGAAAACAUAAAUCAAGAAACAAUCACCUCGAAUCAACAUGAAUAUGAGUCUAAUCCUUCUGACGCUGAGCCUAAACAAAAAGACAACCCAGAUGAUUUGCCAAUCUGUACUGAAGGUGGUGAGCAAACUUCAUCCCCAGGAGUAAUGUUUUCACGUCCAAUAAAGACUAACUUGAGGGUUGCCGAGUCUUCUGCUUUUCUAGCUUAUGUUAAGUCAAGCACCCCAACCACCAGCUCAUUUGAUAGUGCACUACAAAGAGGUGGAAAUCGGUUAGACUCUUCAGAUCACAGGGCUAAUUUCACUAGUACAGCUGAUAGAAGUGACACUGGCACUGAUGUAAAUAUUCGGGAUAAAGAAGCCUUUGAGAUGCCUGUGCAAUACCCUGUGGUAUGCUUUUCGUCCUCUAACUUGCAUCUGGAGCGAAGCAAUGAAGGCCAAAAUGAUGCUUCAGGAACUCCUCCUGUAUAUCAUUUUCCAUUUUAUUAUCCAGGGAUGAUGGACCAUGGUAUGACACAUCCUCCUGUGCAAAAUUUUCAAGGGAAUAUAAACAGCGCUCAAGUGCAUACACCACCAACAUUGCUCCCUCAGUAUAAUGUUUAUCCCCAAUGUCAUGGUGUAUCUAUGAUGCCACCAUUUCAGUAUAACCCUGCUGGUAUGAGCAUGCCAUCAAGUCAUAUGCCAACACAAAAUAUGUGGCCACAAGUAUCAAGCACACCAAUGCCUGAGGAAACAUGUAGUCGGUCUGAACGGAGAGCUGCAGCACUUGCCAAAUUUAGGCUGAAAAGGAAGGAGCGCUGUUUUGACAAGAAGGUAAGGUAUGUGAAUCGGAAGAAACUUGCUGAAACAAGGCCAAGAGUGCGAGGGCAAUUUGUUAGACAGGCAAACUAUACAGAUAUAACUAGCACUGGAGAUGAUAACUCUGAAGAUGAAGAUGAUGAACCAUCCUCCAGGGAGAUAGAGAUGGUUUCUUCUCCAGAGUAGUGUAAAAGGUUUUGUUAUAUUUGAAAUAGAGUUCAGACGAUUAUUGCUCACUUUGCAACUCAGUAGAUCUAGGCAAUACAUUUCUUAUGCUUGAACUAGGCAACACAUCCAUUCACUCACACAAUACAUCCAUUGUGCCCCCAAGGAACUUGUGGCAUAUUCAUAACUGUUACUAAGGACAUUUUGGAGAAACUCAUCUUUGAAGGUGAGAUGCUAAUUAGUGAUGCACAGGCCAGUCCAGAUCGUAAUCA